AUGUUUGGAUCUAAAGAUAAAGAACCUACUGAGAUUUUCAAGAACAACGAAAAAUUGAGUAUCAAAGACCUCCCUAUUUUCACUCGUUCCCAAUUAGCCCAAUAUAAUGGAACCGAUAAACCAGAAUUGUAUGUUGGUAUAAGAGGAUAUAUAUACGACGUUACUUCUAAUUCCAACAGCUAUGGUCCUGGAAAGGCUUAUCAUAAAUUGGUUGGCAAAGAUGUUAGCAGAUUGUUAGGGUUAAAUAAGUUGAAAUUGUUAGAGGAUAGUGAUGAAUAUACUUGGUAUACUGAUGAUUUGGAUGAAAAGCAGCAAGGUAUAAUUGAUGAUUGGGUCAAGUUUUUUAAAAUGAGAUACAAUAUCGUCGGUGUAAUUGUUGAUCAUAAUUGA